AUGUACUGCCUGGAAAUCCAAAACUACCCCCACCUCACCCCCUCCGAAUUCGCCGAGGCCGCCCACCACCUCGACCGGCGCUACAGCCAAGCGACCCUCGGCCCGCUCCGGCGCCAAUGGAAGCUGCGCGUGCGCUCGGCGCUCAACACCCACUUUGUCUCUCCUUCGGAUCCCGAAUACAGCACUUUUAUCCAAAUCACCAGACCGCUCGAGGUCAAUCUGGAUGAUGAUGGGUUAUCCGAGUUUUUGGAUAAUUUGAGUUUUCUUGAGGGGCCAGCAGCGGUAAGGGGGGAUGAGGGGGAGGGGGAGGGUGUGGUUGGUGUGAGUGAGGGGAUGGAGGUUGAGGAUGAUGAUGAGCAAAAGACAAGCUAUGGCUACGUCACAUACGAAAUACACCUUCACCCGACAUAUCAAGCGCCUUGUCUGUGGUUUUCACUAAACGGACUGCCGGCGGAUGAACCAGCCUUCAACAUCGACACCAUCUUUCGACGGCUUGUACCCGAUCAGUUCAAAGAUGGACUUCGCCGCGCGGGUUCCGUGGGUGGUGUCUCAGCUGAUUAUCAUCCCAUCACAGGCCUUCCCACCUUCUUCGUCCACCCUUGUCUCCUCGGCGAGGCCAUGUCGACCUUUGACAAUGUCUCGAUCGAGAACUACCUGAUGGUUUGGCUUGGACUCGUCGGCGGCUGUGUCAGCCUUUGGAUCCCCAAGGAAAUGGCCUUGGAGCCUUCUUCCGCCUAA